AUGGCCUCAAGAACAUAUUCCAUAGAAGGAGUAAACAAUGUCACUGAGUUCAUUUUCUUGGGACUUUCUCAGAACCCAGAAGUUGAAGAAGUAUGCUUUGUGUUGUUUUCCUUUUUUUAUAUGGUCAUUGUGUUGGGCAACCUGCUCAUCAUGCUCAUUGUGUGUGUUGGCAAUCUUUUCAAGUCCCCCAUGUAUUUCUUCCUCAACUUUCUAUCUUUUGUGGACAUUUGCUACUCCUCAGCCAUAGCACCCAAGAUGAUUGUUGACAUGUUAGUGAAGAAAAAAACCAUCUCUUAUGGGGGGUGCAUGUUGCAAAUCUUUGCGGUUCAUUUCUUUGGUUGCACUGAGAUUUUCACCCUUACUGUCAUGGCCUAUGAUCGAUAUGUGGCCAUCUGUAAGCCCCUCCACUACAUGACUAUCAUGGACCGAGAGAGAUGCAACAAGAUAUUACUGGGAACAUGGGUGGGUGGGUUUCUACACUCUAUUAUCCAAGUGGCUCUGAUGGUACAGCUCCCAUUUUGUGGACCCAAUGAGAUUGAUCACUACUUCUGUGAUGUACACCCUGUGCUGAAACUUGCCUGCACAGACACCUACAUUGUUGGUGUUGUUGUGACAGCCAACAGUGGUACUAUUACACUGGGCAGUUUUGUUAUCUUACUAAUCUCAUAUGCAGUUAUUCUGGUGUCUCUGAGAAAACAGUCAGCAGAAGGGAGGCGCAAAGCUCUCUCCACCUGCGGUUCCCACAUUGCUGUGGUCAUCAUCUUUUUCGUUCCCUGUACUUUCAUGUAUAUGCGGCCUGACACUACCUUCUCAGGGGAUAAGAUGGUGGCUAUAUUUUACACCAUUAUCACUCCCGUGCUGAACCCUCUGAUUUACACUCUGAGAAAUGCAGAAGUGAAGAAUGCAAUGAGGAAGCUGUGGACUAGAAAGGUUUCCUGGGAGACUACUAGAAAGUAA